CACAGUUCCUACAUUUUUUGUUUUUGUGAGUUCAGAGAGUACCAGUUUGAGGCAAGUUUUCUUUUCGAUUGUUUUUGAGUUUGCUCCCGAUUCUCCAAUGGAAAGAGGUGGUGGUGGAAAUAGAGGAAGAGGAAGAGGAAGAGGAAGAGGUAGAGGCAGCAGUAAUGGUGGUGGUGACAUAGGUGAUUAUGGUGGCUACGGCAGAGGAAGUGGAAAUAGAGGUGGAGGAGGAGGUGGUUAUGGCGGUCAUGGUGGUGAGUCCCCGUACCACCAUCAACAACAACCACCGCCGCAGCAUCAGCAGCCGCCGCCGCAGCAGCAGUAUCAUCAACAACAACAACAACCGAAUCAGAGUUGGGGCCCGCCAGGGAGGCCUUCUCCAUGGAGCACUUCUGCUCCCAACAGAGCGUGGGGGCCCAGAGCGGCUUCUCCUGCAUCUCCGGCACCGAUUAGCUCUCCUGCUCCUCCUAGUAUGGCUGCGUGGGGGCCCAGAGCGGCUUCUCCGGCAUCUCCAGCAUCGAUCAACUCUCCUACUCCUCGUGUGGCGGCUUGGGGGCCCAGAGCGGCUGCUCCUGCAUCUCCAGCCCCGAUCAAUUCUCCUACUCCUGAUACUCUUGUUCCCAGAGUGCAAGCUCUGGAAAUUUCGAAACAGACACCUCCUUCAUCCUCUUUGGACAAUACAGACAAAAAACUCCCAGUGAAACGGCCUGAUAAUGGAGGCACAAAAGCUAUCCGAACUACUAGGCUUCGUGCCAACCAUUUUAAUCUCUCGUACAAUCCUGAGAGUAUUAUAAGGCAUUAUGAUGUUGAUGUCAAGCCAGAGAACCCUGCUAAGAAUGGCCGUCCUGUGAAAAUGUCGAAGUACGAACUCUCUGCAAUCAGGAAGAAGUUAUCCUCUGAUAAGCCUUCGGAUUUUCCCUUGUUAAGUACGGCAUAUGAUGGUGAAAAAAACAUCUUCAGUGCAGUGCCGUUGCCCACUGGAUCAUUUAAGGUGGAGGUUCCUGCGGAAGAAGACACACGGUUCAGUUCAUACAUAUUUACCAUAAAGUUUGUAAAUGAGCUCAAGCUUUGCAAGUUGAAGGAGUACUUGAGUGGCCAUGUGUUGUCUAUCCCUCGUGAUAUAUUGCAGGGUAUGGAUUUGGUGAUGAAAGAAAAUCCAACUAGGUGCUUGGUUUCUGUUGGGCGAAACUUUUACCCCGCUGAAUCUAAUGAAAAAGAUGACCUUGGAAAUGGUAUUGCUGCAUUUAGAGGGUUUCAGCAUAGCUUAAGGCUGACUUCCCAGGGUCCUGCUUUGUGUCUUGACUACUCGGUCUUGGCAUUUCAUAAGCGCAUGCCAGUUAUAGAUUUUCUCCAACAGCAGAUAAGGGGUUUUACUUUAAAAGAUUUCACUAGGUUCAGGAGAGAGGUUGUGGAUGUAUUGAGGGGAUUGAAAGUUACUGUGACUCACCGGAAAACCAAGCAAAAGUACAUCAUCAAGGGGCUGACUGAUAAGAAUGCAGGAGAUAUUACAUUUGAUGCUGUAGAUAUAGAUGGCCAGUGUCCACCUAGGAAAGUUAGACUUCUUGAUUAUUUCAGUGAAAAAUACAAGGAGAUCCAGUACAAAAACAUUCCCUGCUUGGAUUUGGGGAAAAAUGGUAGGAAGAACGAUACACCGAUGGAGUUCUGUGUCUUAGUUGAGGGGCAAAGGUAUCCAAAGGAGAAUUUAGACAGAAAUGCAGCUAUCAAGCUGAAGGACAUGUCAUUGCCUUCACCAGGGAUUAGAGAGAACAUGAUACGUGGCAUGGUACAAUCUGAGGAUGGACCUUGUGGUGGUGGCAUCAUUGGGAAUUUUGGAAUUGUAGUCAACAAGAAUAUGACACCAGUAACAGGGCGUGUCAUUGUCCCACCUGAGUUGAAGUUGGGUCCUUCUGCUGAUGGCAGGAUGACUACGGUAACAGUUGACCGAGAGAAAUGCCAUUGGAAUCUUGUUGGGAAGUCUCUAGUGGAAGGAAAACCAAUCAGUCGCUGGGCUGUACUUGACUUCAGCAGUUAUGAUCGAUUCUGUCUGGACCCUAAUCAAUUCAUCCCAAAGCUCAUCACAAAGUGCAACAAACUGGGAAUCAGAAUGGGAGAGCCUGUUUUGUACGAAGCCACUUCCAUGAGACCAUUCACUAGUGUUCAGAUGCUUCGUCAGCUGCUUGAAAGCAUUAAUGAACAGGCAUACAAAAAAAGCAAAGGCCAUUUACAAUUACUUGUUUGUGUAAUGACUCGAAGAGAUCCUGGUUACAAGUAUCUGAAGUGGAUCUCUGAGACUCAAAUUGGUAUAGUGACGCAGUGCUGCUUGUCAAAUAUGGCUAACAAAGCAAAUGACCAGUAUCUUUCAAAUCUUGCACUUAAGAUAAAUGCCAAGCUUGGAGGCAGUAAUGUAGAGCUAAGUGAUCGGUUUCUUCCCCUCUUUGAGGGUGCAGGCCAUGUUAUGUUUGUGGGGGCUGAUGUGAAUCAUCCUGCUGCGCGGAACACGACAAGUCCAUCAAUUGCAGCUGUUGUUGCCACUGUAAACUGGCCUGCCGCGAAUCGUUAUGCUGCACGAGUCCGACCCCAGUACCAUCGCACUGAGAAGAUAUUGAAUUUUGGAGACAUGUGUCUGGAGCUUGUUGAAACUUAUGAGCGAUUGAAUAAAGUCAAGCCGGACAAAAUUGUUGUCUUCCGUGAUGGGGUCAGUGAGGGCCAGUUUGAUAUGGUUCUCAAUGAAGAGUUACUAGAUCUGAAGAGGGCUUUGGGAGGUAUAAAGUACUAUCCAACCAUCACACUAAUUGUUGCCCAGAAACGGCACCAUACUCGUCUCUUUCCGGAGAGCAUGAGGGAAGGUAGUUCCACAGGCAAUGUAUUACCGGGAACUGUUGUGGACACAGUAAUCGUGCACCCAUUUGAGUUUGACUUCUAUCUCUGCAGUCAUUAUGGAGCCCUUGGAACAAGCAAACCAACACACUACCAUGUUCUUUGGGAUGAACACAGGUUUACUUCUGACCAAUUGCAGAAGCUCAUAUAUGACUUGUGCUUCACGUUUGCAAGGUGUACUAAACCGGUAUCGUUGGUCCCACCGGUGUACUAUGCUGACCUUGUGGCAUAUAGAGGGCGAUUAUACCAUGAGAGUAUGGAGGGACAGUCUCCAGCUUCAGCAUCCUCAGCAUCAUCGUCAUCCUCAGCAUCAUCAGCACUAUCAGUGGCUUCUCUAGAGGAAAGGUUUUACAAACUGCAUGCUGACCUGGAAAACAUAAUGUUUUUCGUAUGAAGGUCGAAGCAUGAUCCCGUGAUCUCUCUUUUGUAGAACAUGAAGGAUAUGGUUUUGUAACUUGGCAACCCGGGCGCAACUCCAACCUCCUGAAAAGGAGUUUGUGCGUGAAUCUAAUGGGUGUUUAUUUCUUCUGUGUGAAUUUAAGGAGGAACUCGUUCUUAUCUAGUAAUGUGGCUUAACUACAAAUUAAUAGUGUUUUUUAAUCUCAAAAUUGGUGAUGAAGGGAUA